UGAAAAUUUGAAGUAUCAAAGUGUGAUCCCAUGGUCUCCACUUUCACUUUUCCUUUCAGCACUGACCAACCGUGGAGGAACUGCUUCCUCCCCGCUGUGUCUGGAGGUCAGCGAUAACAGCGCUCGGCGAUGGCUCCUGGACGGGUGUUUCCCUGUGCUGUUAAAGGGCAAAAGUCGCUUCGAGUGUCAUUAACUACGAAGCCAGCUCUGAUUAAUGAUUGAUGGCAGGCGGGCACUAGGACCUCUGGGACGUUGCAUCUCCGUAACCAGAAGAGAAAUGAGGAAAUAACACCGUGGCUCUGCCUGCGCCCUUUGGAAAUAACACAGCGCUGCUCCGUGCGGGAGGAGUCGCUUGUCCAGGAGUUCAGUGGUUGGAGUGUGGUUGAGUGGCCCCGUAGCUUCACAGCCCCAAAGCAUCACAGCCCCGUAUGGACACAGCCAGGGGUGACAUCAGGAGCAGACAGCAGUCCCUGAUGCGCUGACAGCCAAUCAUGUCCAGGAAACACUGGCCUGCGGGGACGCAGUGCGUCACCAAGCAUGACCACACCAAGCCCAAGGCUGGCGAGCUGGCCUUCCGUAAGGGAGAUGUGGUCACCAUCAUCGAGGCCGUGGAGGGCAGGAAUUGGUUCCGUGCGCGGCACAACGAGAGUGGGCAGGAGGGGCUGCUGGCAGCCGGAGCGCUGCGGGAGCGAGGGGCCAUCCGUGCUGACCACAGGCUCAGCCUCAUGCCCUGGUUCCACGGGAAGAUCUCGGGGGUGGAGGCGGUGCAGGAGCUGCAGCCCCCCGAGGACGGGCUGUUCCUGGUGCGUGAGUCGGUCCGGCACCCCGGUGACUACGUGCUGUGUGUGAGCUUUGGGAAGGAGGUGAUCCACUACCGUGUGCUGCACCAGGAGAACACGCUGAGCAUCGACAGCGAGCAGUACUUCUGCAACCUCAUCGACAUGAUCGAGCACUACACGGAGCAGCAAGGAGCCCUCUGCACCAAGCUAGUGAAGCCCAAAGCCAAGAGCGGGAUGAAGUCAGCCGAGGAGGAGUUGGCCAAAGCCGGUUGGCUGCUCAACCUGCAGCACCUCACGCUAGGAGAACGCAUCGGGCAAGGCGAGUUUGGAGAUGUCCUGCAGGGCGAGUACAUGGGGCAGAAGGUGGCUGUGAAGAACAUCAAGUGUGAUGUGACCGCCCAGGCCUUCCUCGCCGAGACCGCCGCCAUGACGAAGGUCCGACACAAGAACCUGGUGCGUCUGCUCGGUGUCAUCCUGCACAACGGCCUCUACAUCGUCAUGGAGUUCAUGAGCAAGGGCAACCUGGUCAACUUCCUGCGCACGCGGGGCCGCGCGCUCGUCCCACUGCCACAACUCCUGCAGUUCUCUCUGGACGUGGCCCAGGGCAUGGACUACCUGGAGUCCAAGAAGCUGGUGCACAGGGACCUGGCCGCCCGCAACAUCCUCAUCUCCGAGGACAACGUGGCCAAAGUGAGCGAUUUUGGCCUGGCCAGGGUCAACCCCCACGGUGAGGACACCACGCUGCUGCCCGUGAAGUGGACGGCUCCCGAGGCUCUGAAGCACAACAAAUUCUCCUCCAAAUCGGAUGUGUGGAGCUACGGGAUCCUCCUGUGGGAGGUGUUCUCCUUUGGCCGAGCGCCCUACCCCAAGCUGCUCCCUGCUCCACCCGCAGAGCCUGAAGGAGGUGACAGAGCAGCUGGAGCAGGGGUACCGCAUGGAGCCCCCCGAGGGCUGCCCGCCCACCGUGUAUGCACUGAUGAGGAGCUGCUGGGAGAUGGAGCCGGGCAAGCGGCCGUCCUUCAAGAAGCUCACAGAGAAGCUGCAGAAAGAGCUGAAGCACCUGAAGGACGUUUAACCUACGCUCCACACCCAAGGAGCAGCCAGGACCCACAGGAGAAGCCCCCAAGUUGGGGAGCAGUGUGAAAACGGGCAGCCUGGAGGCUGCUCCCUCCUGGUGAAGAUGGGGCAGUGGCUCUGCAGGGUGCCUCCUCCCCUGCAUGCACACAGAGGAUGCAGUGUCCUCCCUCCAUCUCCCAAGAGGAUGCAGUGGACAGAACGAAUCCCUCUGUCCCUGUGGGGACCUUUGCCCAGCCAUGCCUGGGGACACCAGGAGCACGAGGUCCUUCUGAGCCCCCUCUUCUUUCCCAGUAAUGGGAACAACACGGGAUGUCCCAUCCUUAUGGAAGACAACACCCCAUUGCUGGCACAGCCCCAUGCUGGCGCUGCAUGGAUACACCAACCGCAUUCAGCUCAGCCACACAGAUUUGGGCCUCUUGAUUAAACCACAGAAAUUAG